AAAGAUUUAUAGCCUUGGAAACCCUGUGGGGGCAGUUCUGCUCUGUCCUGUAGCAUCACUAUGAGUUGGAAACAACUCGAUGGCAAGUUUUUUCUCUGAGACUCAGUUUCCUCUGCUGUAAAUAGGCUCAUUAUAAGCACUUAUAUCAUAGAGCUGUUUUGAGUAUUAAAUAAUAUAGUGCAAUAAAGCUCUUGGCACAGCCCUUGGUACAUAGUGAGCAUUACAUAAUGGUGGCUUUGGCUAUAUGUUAGGACCAAGGUCAUGAUCAUGAUGUCAUCAUCAGAGGUAGUUAAUUGCUUAAAAGCAUCUACUAGAAUUAUACAUUUAUUUGCAUUUGGAAGCAUCAGUCUCUUCACAUUGUUUCUCAUCUUAUGGGAGUCUAGCCAUGGCUUCUCACAUGGUGGGGAAGGGUUCCCUGCAUGCAAUAAGAGAGAGCAGCCCCAAUGCACAAAUACUUUUCAAGUCUCUGCUUACAUCACCUUUGUUGAUGUCCCAUUGGCCAAAGCAAGUCACAUGGCUAAGCCCAGAUUCAAGGAGAAGAGAAAUGGACUCUUGGUCUAGAGGAAGGAGGCUGCCAAAUAUGGUGGCCAUUUUUUUUAUUCCACCACAAACACUAAGCAAUAAAUAAACUCCAAUAAUCUUGAAGAAAGGAACUAAUCUUCUUUAUGUUGAUACUAAGGGUAUGUUUAAACACUUAAUGAUUUCUAAGCCCUGAGAGUUGGCUUAGAUAGGCAUUCUUAUUCCCUUUAUAGGUAAAAAUAACUGACAUUCAAGGAGUUUAAGUGAUGUGCCUAAGGGUACAUAAUAAAUCAGCUUUGACUAGAUAUGAAGUCUUCUCAUUGAAGUAAUGGCUGUUCCUAAGUACCAGACUCUGCUUAUUAAAAUUACCCUCCUUUUAAAUCUGUGACAAUUUGGCACCACUACUUUUUUUUUUUUUUUUUAAUGAUUCUGUGGCCAUUAGCUUGCCAAUGAGCUUGAUCCCUGUGCUGUUCAAUACUUAAGACACAGUAAUGAUUCAUUUACAGAAUAGAAGAAGUCUUUUCCCUUAAUACCUUUCAAGUCUAAUUCUAGCCAUAAGUGUUGUUCUCUUUGUCUUUUUGAAAGCAUCUUAACUCAUCUCUUUUAAUGAGCCAUAUUGUGAGAGGGUGGCCUGUAUGUGACAUGGUUAAGUGAGUUUUUGUAGCACUGGUAAGUGCUUCCGUUUCAGUUUCACUGAAUAACCUACUGCCAUCAUUGCCCUAUACUAGAAAUCAGAAUGAAUAGUAGCCCCAGAGGCCUGAUAAAUUGCAUGCUUACUCUCAAGACCAUGGAAGAUUCUAUAGGUUCUGUAUUACAGCUACAUAAUUAUGACCCAUAAUGAUUCCAUAAUUGUGUUGAGGAACAGUGCCAUUUAAAUCCCAAAUUCAGAUUACUUAAAUGCCUACUCUUCUAUAUUUUAUAAAGUUUAUUUUUUUCAUUGAGAAGAUUAAUAAUCAUGCUUAUUUUAUUACUUUUUAUAACUCCCACAUACCUCAUUUAAUUAUCACAAAAAUCUGAGACAUAUAAUAAUACUAUUAUAAUAUCUGUAUCUCAUUUUAGGUGAGAAAACCUAGGCUCCAAAAAGAUAGGUUACUCUCCCAAGAUCUUGUAGCCGGAAAGGGGUGGAGCCCAAACUCAACAUGCACCCCACCUGCCCCCCUUCAUCCUUCUGUUCCUAAACUCAGUGCAUACAAUUUCCUCAUCACCAUGUUGCCUCAGUUUACCUUUGCAGAAUGAUGGAAAAUGCGCUGACUUCAUUCUGACUUCUAAUUGUAUUUAUUUUGGAUUUAAUUAUACUAAAUUACACUGUUAUUUAACUGUUUCAUAAGUUCUUAUUUUGUUAAUGAUAUGGUAAGCUUUUUUUAGGCAGUUUUUUCCCCUCUCUAAUUCUCCCACGUCACCAAGCAUGCUUUUGGUAACAGGCAGGCAGUGAAUACUUGUGGAGGCCACCUGAAUUCCCACUAAGAAUGACUAAAGCUGAGACUGGCUGCAUUUGGAGAGUGAUCGGUGUCUAUUACCUCACGUGGCUGCCUCUUUAAGCAGCUGUGAGUGCCGUCCUGCUCACAGAAACCCUUAGGUUUGUUUUCUCCCCUUCUAUUUAGGCUUCCCCAGAGUACAUUCGCUCAUAUUCUACAUCCAUCCAGAAUUACUUGACCCUAUGUGGUGAGUUUAAAAUAGCAAUAUGCACCAUAGUAAGACAUCUGAGGUACACUGCAGGGACCCCUCAACGAGUGUGAACCUGGCAGUUGUAGGUCUGUGAAGGUCAGUCUCUUCUUAGGCCUGUGGGGAAGGUGUGGACACUUUCUGAGAGAUGCAGGGAAGAGUACAUUGGUGGGCAGUGUGCCAUCCCUCUGCCCCCCAGUCACAUCCUAGCCCCUCACCCACUCCACUCCCUUCCUCACUGUUAGGGCCAUGUGCUUCCCCUUAGCUCAGCAUCCCAAAUCAUGAGUUCUAUUAUGAGAUGGUUACCUGGUCUUUGACUUAGGUAAGCCAUGUAAUAUGUAACAUGUUUUAAUUCCCCUAUGUUUGCAAAUCUCCAUUGUUUUUUUACUUAGAAUUAUUUCUGUGUGAUCAGCAAAUGUCAGCAUUUCACCGCUCUCCUCAUCCUAUUUUUAACAGUUUCUCGUAAGCAUCACCAUGCUGCCCUCAGUGGUUGGGCCCUUUGCAGGAUGAAGAGGAAGAAAUUAAACAAGAAAUUAACAUGUUGAAGAAAUAUUCUCAUCACCGAAACAUUGCUACUUACUAUGGUGCUUUUAUCAAAAAGAACCCACCAGGCAUGGAUGACCAGCUCUGGUUGGUGAUGGAAUUUUGUGGCGCUGGCUCUGUCACCGAUCUGAUCAAGAACACAAAAGGUAACACGUUGAAGGAGGAAUGGAUCGCAUACAUCUGCAGGGAGAUCUUACGGGGGCUGAGUCACCUGCACCAGCAUAAAGUGAUUCAUCGAGAUAUUAAAGGGCAGAAUGUUCUGCUGACUGAAAACGCAGAAGUUAAACUAGUGGACUUUGGAGUCAGUGCCCAGCUAGAUCGAACAGUGGGCAGAAGGAAUACCUUCAUCGGGACUCCCUAUUGGAUGGCUCCAGAAGUUAUUGCUUGUGAUGAAAAUCCAGAUGCCACAUAUGAUUUCAAGAGUGACUUGUGGUCUCUGGGAAUCACCGCCAUUGAGAUGGCAGAAGGUGCUCCCCCUCUCUGUGACAUGCACCCCAUGAGAGCCCUCUUCCUCAUCCCCCGGAACCCAGCACCUCGCCUGAAGUCUAAGAAGUGGUCAAAAAAAUUUCAGUCUUUUAUUGAGAGCUGUUUGGUAAAGAAUCACAGCCAGCGACCAGCAACAGAACAAUUGAUGAAGCAUCCAUUUAUACGAGACCAACCUAAUGAGCGACAGGUCCGCAUUCAACUCAAGGACCAUAUCGAUAGAACAAAGAAGAAGCGAGGAGAGAAAGAUGAGACAGAGUACGAGUACAGUGGAAGUGAGGAAGAGGAGGAGGAGAAUGACUCAGGAGAGCCCAGCUCCAUUCUGAACCUGCCAGGGGAGUCAACGCUGCGCAGGGACUUCCUGAGGCUCCAGCUGGCCAACAAGGAGCGCUCAGAGGCCCUGCGGCGCCAGCAGCUGGAGCAGCAGCAGCGGGAGAACGAGGAGCACAAGCGACAGCUGCUGGCUGAGCGUCAGAAGCGCAUCGAGGAACAGAAGGAGCAGCGGCGGCGGCUGGAGGAGCAACAAAGGCGAGAGAAGGAGCUGCGGAAGCAGCAGGAGAGGGAGCAGCGCAGGCACUACGAGGAGCAGAUGCGCCGGGAGGAGGAGCGGAGGCGGGCAGAGCACGAGCAGGAAUACAUCAGGCGACAGUUAGAGGAGGAGCAAAGGCAGUUAGAGAUCUUGCAGCAACAGCUACUGCAUGAACAAGCUCUACUUCUGGAAUAUAAGCGCAAACAAUUGGAAGAACAGAGACAAGCAGAAAGACUGCAGAGACAGCUAAAGCAAGAAAGGGACUACUUGGUUUCCCUUCAGCAUCAGCGGCAGGAACAGAGGCCCGUGGAGAAGAAGCCACUGUACCAUUACAAAGAAGGGAUGAGUCCUAGUGAGAAGCCAGCGUGGGCCAAGGAGGUAGAAGAACGUUCAAGGCUCAACCGACAGAGUUCACCUGCCAUGCCUCACAAGGUUGCCAACAGGAUAUCUGACCCCAGCCUGCCCCCAAGGUCGGAGUCCUUCAGCAUUAGUGGGGUACAGCCUGCUCGGACACCCCCCAUGCUCAGACCAGUGGAUCCCCAGAUCCCACAUUUGGUGGCUGUGAAAUCCCAGGGACCUGCCUUGACCGCCUCCCAGUCAGUGCAUGAGCAGCCCACAAAAGGUCUCUCUGGCUUUCAGGAGGCUCUGAAUGUGACCUCGCACCGCAUUGAGAUGCCACGCCAGAACUCGGAUCCCACCUCUGAGAACCCUCCUCUUCCUACUCGCAUUGAAAAGUUUGACCGAAGCUCUUGGUUACGACAGGAAGAAGACAUUCCACCAAAGGUGCCUCAAAGAACAACUUCUAUAUCCCCAGCGUUAGCCAGAAAGAAUUCUCCUGGAAACGGUAGUGCUCUGGGACCCAGACUAGGAUCUCAACCCAUCAGAGCAAGCAACCCUGACCUCCGGAGGACUGAGCCCGUGUUGGAGAGCCCCUUGCAGAGGACCAGUAGUGGCAGCUCCUCCAGCUCAAGCACCCCUAGCUCCCAGCCCAGUUCCCAAGGAGGCUCGCAGCCUGGAUCACAAGCAGGUUCCAGCGAACGGACCAGAGUUCGAGCCAACAGUAAGUCGGAAGGAUCACCUGUGCUCCCCCAUGAGCCUUCCAAGGUGAAACCAGAAGAAUCCAGGGACAUUACCCGACCUAGUCGACCAGCUAGCUAUAAGAAAGCUAUAGAUGAGGAUCUGACGGCAUUAGCCAAAGAAUUAAGAGAACUCCGUAUUGAAGAAACAAACCGUCCCCUGAAGAAGGUGACUGAUUACUCCUCCUCCAGUGAGGAGUCGGAAAGUAGUGAAGAAGAGGAGGAAGAUGGGGAGAGUGAGACUCAUGACGGGACAGUGGCUGUCAGCGACAUACCCAGGCUGAUACCAACGGGAGCUCCUGGGAGCAACGAGCAGUACAAUGUGGGGAUGGUCGGGACGCACGGGCUGGAGACCUCCCACGCCGACACUUUCAGCACCAGUAUUUCAAGAGAAGGAACCUUGAUGAUAAGAGAGACAUCCGGAGAAAAGAAGCGAUCUGGCCACAGUGACAGCAAUGGUUUCGCCGGACACAUCAACCUCCCAGACCUGGUGCAGCAGAGCCAUUCUCCAGCUGGAACCCCAACCGAGGGCCUGGGGCGUGUUUCCACCCAUACCCAGGAGAUGGACUCCGGGACCGAAUAUGGCAUGGGGAGCAGCACCAAAGCCUCCUUUACCCCCUUUGUGGAUCCCAGAGUAUACCAGACGUCUCCUACCGAUGAAGAUGAAGAGGAUGAAGAAUCGGCAGCAGCAGCUCUGUUUACUAGCGAACUUCUUAGGCAAGAACAGGCCAAACUCAAUGAAGCAAGAAAGAUUUCAGUGGUAAAUGUAAACCCAACCAACAUUCGGCCUCAUAGCGACACACCAGAAAUCAGAAAAUAUAAGAAACGAUUCAACUCAGAAAUCCUUUGUGCAGCUCUGUGGGGUGUAAACCUCCUGGUAGGAACUGAAAAUGGCCUGAUGCUUUUGGACCGAAGUGGGCAAGGCAAAGUCUAUAAUCUGAUCAACCGAAGGCGAUUUCAGCAGAUGGAUGUGCUAGAGGGACUGAAUGUCCUUGUGACAAUAUCAGGAAAGAAGAAUAAGCUACGAGUUUACUAUCUUUCAUGGUUAAGAAACAGAAUAUUACACAAUGACCCAGAAGUGGAAAAGAAACAAGGCUGGAUCACUGUCGGGGACUUGGAAGGCUGUAUACAUUACAAAGUUGUUAAAUAUGAAAGGAUCAAAUUCUUGGUGAUUGCCUUAAAGAAUGCCGUGGAGAUAUAUGCUUGGGCCCCAAAACCAUAUCAUAAGUUUAUGGCAUUUAAGUCUUUUGCAGAUCUCCAGCACAAGCCUCUGCUUGUUGAUCUCACGGUAGAAGAAGGUCAAAGAUUAAAGGUUAUUUUUGGUUCACACACUGGUUUCCAUGUAAUUGAUGUUGAUUCAGGAAACUCUUAUGAUAUCUACAUACCAUCUCAUAUUCAGGGCAAUAUCACUCCUCAUGCUAUUGUCAUCUUGCCUAAAACAGAUGGAAUGGAAAUGCUUGUUUGCUAUGAGGAUGAGGGGGUGUAUGUAAACACCUACGGGCGGAUAACUAAGGAUGUGGUGCUCCAAUGGGGAGAAAUGCCCACGUCUGUGGCCUACAUUCAUUCCAAUCAGAUAAUGGGCUGGGGCGAGAAAGCUAUUGAGAUCCGGUCAGUGGAAACAGGACAUUUGGAUGGCGUAUUUAUGCAUAAGCGAGCUCAAAGGUUAAAGUUUCUAUGUGAAAGAAAUGAUAAGGUAUUUUUUGCAUCCGUGCGAUCUGGAGGAAGUAGCCAAGUGUUUUUCAUGACCCUCAACAGAAAUUCCAUGAUGAACUGGUAACAGAAGAGCACUUGGCACUUAUCUUCAUGGCGUUAGUUCUAAUUUAAAAGAACAUAACUCAUGUGGACUUAUGCCAGUCUAGAGGCAGAAUCAGAAGGCUUGGUUGAACUUACCACUUGCCCCUGUUCCUCUCCCUCCACCCCUCCCAGUACAGUCCAUCUUUCAGUGUUGCAGCCUGGUUGAGAAAGAGAGAAAAAGGUGGCAGCAAUUUCCAGGAGAUUCCCAAGGACGCUGCAUUGUCUGUGGACAGAGAUGGACAUGUGCCCUUCGGAGUUAGGGAUAGAAACAAAUACUGUAUGCUCUUAUGAUCAAGUUGUGUUUUGGUGGGUUUUGAGAUUUUUACCUUUUUCUUUACCCCCUUACUUCGUAAGAAUGGGGAGAGAACGCAUACUGAGAAAAUGAGUCUGUUUUUAAUUCUGUCUGCCUGCUAGCUUUAAGUAUAUGGUAUGUUGUAAAAUUUCCAAUUUCAAACGGUGAGAGACAGCACAAUAAAUGUACCUUAUCUCCUCACACUGAAGGCCAUAACUGCGUAGUGGAGUAAUUUUAGAACUCUUUUGCCUUCACCAACCCAAAAGGUUGCUUUUUGAUAGCAACUGGCUAAUGAAUUUUUAAAAGAGAAGAAAAAUACUAGUUUUCCCCUCUUUUGGGAAAUAGGUUUUAAAUGGCUAAACUACUAGCCUUAGACUAAUAAAAUCAACUACCAUUUUUGUGAGUCUGACAGGCCAUAUUCUUAUAUGACCCUCUACAGGAUGGAGUGUGUUGAAUGGGAUAGUAGUGCCGUUGAGUUGAGUUGGCUCUAGCGAUUGAGGGACUCCAUAACACAGCUCUCCCUCAGCUAUUAAGCAGCAGAUCAGGGCAAAAGAUGGGAUGGCAGAUGGGAUCAGGCAGAAAGAGCUCUGGGAAACAAGCUUAUACUUUUUUCUUUUAUUUAAAUGCACAAAGCCUCUAUGGCUAAGAGGUCACAUGGUUUGGGCUUCAUUAGGACUGAGACUUUGUGGAAUUCUUUCUGGGAAUUGAGGAGUGGAUGACAUCCAGGCUCUGGUCAUUCCCAUCUCUCUCCUGAGGGUGCCACUUUCUCAAGAUGAAAACUGUGACUGAAAAAAAAAAUGAAUAAUAAAUGUUUCUGAGCUGCCUGUGUUCUCUCUGGGUUGGUGAGUGAAGGGACUAGACUACUGAGCCUGCCUGAGACAGACACAGCAGGCAUUGCUGGUUUGAGUUUUACAGAACUUGAAAGCAAGGCUUUGGCCAAAAUACUGAGACCCUAAUCAUUUUCCCUUCCUCCAAAUUACCCAGCAUACGGUAAACAACAUUUGUGCAGAAAUAUGUAUGUAUUUAGUUCAGGUUGACUUGUGUCCUAUAAACUCUUACUCAGAUCAUUUGAACUUCUACGUGACUGUCUCAGAUUUUUUUUCCGAAGCUACAAGCAUGGCCGCCUGUGGUAUCAAGGUGUUGCAAAACGAUAUCUGUGUUGCGCUUCCUGUUUUAACCUACCUCGUUUUGUUUGUUUGUGUUUCACUGUUCAUCAUAGCAGUGUUAUCUCCAGGAGACAUAUAGAGAGCUCAACUGGCAAUCUCAGGUGUAUUUAAUAUUUUUAAAACAAAACAGUGGUUGGCCAAAUUGUUCUUCUUAAAAAAAUGAAAAAUACCAACAGCAAUAAAACCUAAUGUGGCUUGUUUCUGGAGAACCAUAUGAUUACUGCAAACAGAGCCAAAAAAAAAAAAAAAAAUUUUAUGACCC